AUUCGUGCGUAUAGACUAAUCGUCAGCACUCUCCGGGACAGGUGUGAUGUAAACAAACCAGUGACGCGGCUGUAAACUUGUGUUAUUCGACCAAGCUUCCCUAAUUACACGCGUUCACGUUCAGAUGCUGUGCGAUAGUGCGGGACGCGAGUGAGUGAAUCUGAGUGUGAGUGUCCGGGCUCAGUCAUGGGAGCGAAGCAGGCGAAGAGCCCGGAUGAAGCGGGCACCAGCCCUCAAAGCGCGCGCUGCAGGAGGACACCGACGCGCGAGCGCAGUAAUGACGUGCGCGCCUCGCUAGUGCUGCGCGCUGGGGAGAGACUCUCGCGCGCCGGACCUCCGCCUCCAUACCAGCGCCGUGUGGGCAUGAUCCAGGACAUGAUGCUCAUGGCCAAGCAGGGCAAACACGACGAGGCCACAGAGAUGCUCAAAACCCUGCGACAGGAUCUGGGAAUGGAGUCAACCUCCCUGGAUGACGUCCUUUAUCGCUACGCCAGCUUUCGGAACCUGGUGGAUCCCAUUACACACGACCUCAUUAUCAGUUUGGCCAGAUACAUUCAUUGCCCCAAGACGGAGGGCGAUUCUCUGGGGGCGAUGGAGAAGGUGUGCCGUCAGCUGACCUACCACUUGAGUCCACACUCGCAGUGGAGACGCCAGGGCCUGCUGAAGAGGAAACCUCAGGCGUGCCUGAAAGCCAUCCUUUCUAAUCCACCAGCCAAUGGAACGUUAGACCUCUCCGGCUUUCCUCUGGCAGUGAAGGAUAUGGAGCGACUGUGCUCACAUCUACAGCGGCAUGCAUCUCGUGUUUCCAACCUUGAGCUGGGAUUCACAGAGCUCACAGACGAAGCUUUUCUUCUGCUCCUGCCCACGCUGGCCUCACUGCCUCGGCUUGAGACACUGAUACUCAACGGCAACAGGCUGACACGAGCCGUGCUGAAGGAGCUGACGGACACACUGAAGGAACCCGAUCGCUUUCCCAGCAUCACAUGGAUAGACCUUGGAAACAACGUGGAUAUCUUCUCGCUGCCACAGUCAUUCCUGUUGAGCCUGCGUAAGCGCUCCCCCAAGCAGGGCAACCUGCCUACCAUCCUGGAAUUCGGAGAGAGCCAGGCAAGUGAGCCAGAUGCCCGUCCAGAUGAGGAUGACACAGACAACACUGAUGAUACAAACAAGACGCUGAGCCUGGGCGAGCUCAGGUCCGAGGUAGACUGUGAGAUGGAUGGGGAGAUGGAGAUUGAAGAGAUGAUGGAGGAGCUGCUUGAAUUUGAUAGGGAGGUUAGAGGUCCAGAUGAUGAGGACAGUGUGUGGACCAUGGAGGAGCUAAGGGCUGCAAGAAGGCCAUAUGAAAGACAAAAUAGUAUGAAAAAACCAAUUAAGGCUGAAGGUGAGGAGGACACACAUAGCCGGAGCUCACAGCUGUCAUGUUCUAGUCAGUCCCAGGACUCUUCUACAGCUUUCGGGGAUGUGAGAGAGGACACUGGUGUGGAUCAGGUGCCUUGUGUGGCGUCUAUGGCUCAGGUGGUAGAGAGGGUUGUCCACUAAUCGUAGGGUUGGUGCUUCAAUUUAUUUCUCCACAUGCCAAAGUGUCCUUGGGCAGGAAACUGAACCCCAAGUUACAUUGGUGUGUGAGGGUGUGUGUGUGUGAAUGGGUGAAUUAUAAGUGUAAAGCGCUUUGUAGAACCGCUAAGGUUAAAAAGUGCUAUAUAAGUGCAGACCAUUUGUUCUUUGGGCAACCAGACCUGAGCUCAAUUUAGAAAUAGUAGCCUUUCAACCGCAUUAUACUGUUUACAGGUCACACUAGUAAAAGAUUGGAUAUUGACUCAAUUAAAAGAAACGGACUGUGUGGUUAUAUUUUGUGUAUAUCAUGCAUAAAAUUAAAACCUAUACCAUUUAUGAGGUAUAAGAAUCAUAUAGAGGUAAGAUAAAGGUAAGAUACCCUUUGCAGUUUAUAUGCUUCUCUUUCAGGUAAUACCACUUGUUUAUAUGGUCCUAACAACAAACUUUUACCUAUGUGCCUGUUUGACCCUGUUAAAGAGGAGUGUGUGCAGAUGUGUGAUGGUCUGACUGAAACUGGGUGCGCAUGCUUUUCCAGUGCACACAGGGAUUGAGAUAUGGAGAUAAAUUAACCAGCCCGACUUUAUUAGUCUAGCUUGGACAUAUCCUUCUCUGUCUAUGCAUCUGCUUCUACAUCCCAAGCAAGAAAACCUGUUUGCAGUGUCAGAACAGCCUGUACUUCUGAAGAAAAGCAAGAGGAAACCAAAUAUUUCAAGGAUGCCCUCAGUUCAACUAUAGAAAAUCGUUGUGCUUUAUGAUGGACUUGCACCAAAGACUGAACAAAAUAACAUAAAAAUAAACAUAAAUGUCCCGAUUAUAGUAUAUUGAAAAGAAUCAAACAGUACAGUAUAUUGAAAAGAAUCAAAGCUUUGCUUUUCCUUUUAUACAGACAUUCUAACCUGCUACAUAAUUGCGAUUUAUAAUUACCCAACCAUUGUAUUAUAGAUUAUUUGUUUGAAAUAUUAAUUUACCAGUUAUGACACAUUUAAAUCUUAUAUUUAUUCACAGAGUAUUUCUUCACCAGCGCAUACUCAUGUACCAGUUAGUCCAAUCAUCAGUAUAUUCAGGUCUUACUCUGUUAUUCUGCUCUUGUACAGAGUUUCUGUAAUAAAUAUCUU